AUAUCUCAGUUCAGAAGAAAGGAAGUAAUGCUCGUAUAUUGCAAUAGGCGAAUCGCUUCCUGAUGUUUAUUAUGAAGGGUUGCGUGAUUAUUUGGAUGCUGGAACAAAUGUGACUGAAAGCUCUGGUCAAAGCGUUCACUCCGACAGCGAAAGUCACGAUACUAUUCAACAAGAUCCGAUGGAUGAAGGAUCCACUUCAAAUGUAACAGAUGAGCGUAGAAGUGUCGAAACAGUAAACUUUCAAGAAAUUCAAACUGAGUUCACGGAAGCUAGCGAAAAAAUAUUGAGGAUGAUCGAGUUAAACCGCAAUAACAAUGAUUUUUUACGAGGAGUGUCAAAGUUUUGUGACAGAAUUUCAAAGUACGAAACUCAGACUUCAAAACUCUGUUCUGCAUUCCACACAUUCGCAAGUGAUAUUCACUACAGUAAAAAAGUUACCAACCAAACUCAUUCUAAAAGUCGAACUGGCAAGAAAAUAAAAGUUCAACCAGAGGCUGUUAAAAGACGAAGCACAAUUUCCGGAAGCAAGGUUGCUAUUCAAAAAGGGAUGACGAAACGUAAGAACCCGUUCAACGUUGAACCAAGUUUGAAACGAGGUCAUUCGUUUACUAAAAAUGUUAGUAAUAACGAACCCGUUGCGAAAAAAGCCGGCCGAACAAUGGGUUCUAAAACAAAGUUUUUAACUCCGCAAGUAAAGAGACCAGCCAUUAAAAAGGACAGUAAACAGUAAACAA